AUGAUUACCAGCAAAGGGGCCAAAUACAGCGGUUACAAAGGACCUUCAUUCCACGCGGCUCUGAGCAAUAGCGAUCAUCAUGAUACUUACGUUCUCUACUUUACUGAGCAACUCCGCUGUGACUCUCCCCUGUGGGAUCCUAGUCUUUUAUGUCUCCUGGAUCUAAUCAAGGAUAGCUCCCGCGAAAAGACGAUUAUUGUUGUCGACUGUGCGGCAGCAGGCAUCGAAAUCUCAAAGCCUCUGGUCACUCAGUUUCGCGGAAGUCGAAUUGUCGUCAAUGACGUGGUAGAGUACAUGAAGAUAUUGUCAUCUGAAUGCCUCAUGCGUUACAACAAAAAUACCAUAAGUACCAUCAGCGGCAGACCACUUGAGCGGAGGAUUGUCAAGGUCCCUUGCCCCCAUCGCAACUGCAGCAGAACUUUACGCUGUGAAUGGAUAUGUGAAACGUGUCAUUGCCUUGUGGAGUUUGGUUUCGUUGAUGAUCUACUUUACUGCAAUUGUGGUGCCUGUUAUUAUGAUCAAUGGGAGUUCAAGUGCAAGGACGACCAACACGGCUCCAUGUGGUCCAGUUACGAUGAAGAAACAUUGCUGGUCUUACUAAAGGCUCUUGAACCAUUUGACGAGCUAAACAUUCUCAUCCUCGGCGAGACCGGCGUUGGCAAGUCCACGUGGAUUAAUGCCUUUGUCAAUUACCUUACCUGCAGCUCUCUUCAGGAAGCCAUGGCGUUGGAUUCUCUCCGCUGGGUUGUUCCCUGCUCUUUCUCGACACAGACAACAGACCCUCAUGACAAAACGGGAAAAUUAGUACAAAAGAAAAUCAAAGUUGGGUCUAGUCCAACCGAGAGAGAUGAACCGGGCCAGUCUGCCACGAGGCAGACCUCCGUAUAUCCAGUCACUAUUGGGAAUACUCGAGUGAGACUCAUUGACACCCCGGGCAUUGGAGACUCUGAAGGAUUGCAUGAGGACAAGAAAAAUAUGGCCGACAUUUUGAACGUCUUGCGCAGUUACAGUAAGCUGCAUGGAAUUCUUAUCCUGCUGAAACCGAAUGCCUCUCGCUUGACUGUGAUGUUCCAAUUCUGCAUAAAAGAGUUAUUGACUCAUCUGCAUCGCGACGCCGUGGAGAACAUUGUUUUCGGGUUCACCAACACUAGGGGAUCAGGCUAUACACCUGGUGAUACCUUCACGCCCCUCAUGGCUCUGCUUCAACAACAUAUGGAGUUUAAGCUAAGUCUCUUCAAGUAUAACACUUAUUGUUUCGAUUCAGAGAGCUUCCGGUACCUUGCAGCUCUCAAACAAGGUGUGGACAUGGACUUCCUCGAAGAAAACAAACGAAGCUGGGACUAUUCGGUCAAUACGUGCCAGAGAAUGGUGUCUUACUUGGGAACCUUGAAGCCUCAUAAUGUUCGAAGCACGCUGAAUCUCAAUGAGAUGAGAAACAUCAUCACAAAUUUGGCCGAACCCAUGACGCUCAUUCAAGAGAAGAUCAAGUAUAGUAUCGAAGUCAACAAAGAUGCCAUCGAGGAACUGACAAGACGUCAGCUUACAAGAGAGGAAUUGGAACGUAAGCGGUUUAUACUGAAGGAAACCCUUGAGUCUUCCGCAGUGACUGUACCACAAACAUCUACAGAACAACCUGCCAUAGCCCAUGUCGAGUACGAGGGCUUCCAAGAGACGGGGGGGGAUGUAAUGCUCUUUUUGUGCUCGAAAUUCGGCUGGAACGGAGACUGCAAGCACUGUGGCCCCCACGUACUGGAUCACAUGCACGUUUACUACGAGUACAAGUCCAAAACAGUCAGGCUUGAAGAUGAAGUGGUCAGCAGAGACCUGAUAACGAAUGCGGAGGAAAUUGAGCUGCAGACCACGCUCAUUCAAGGCAAAGAAAAAGCCAUCAACGAUUUCCAAUCCGAAUACGACCAGUUGCAAGAGGCAGGUCUCCAAUUUGGCUACUUUCUCAAGCAGCAUGCCAUCACUGCAUACAAUGAUUCAACGCUCGAAUAUCUGGAUCAUCUUAUCGAACUGGAAAAAAACAAGGUUCGGGCAGGUGGAACACGUGAAAGGCUUCAGUGGCAUGAAAGAGAAAAGGCGAAUCAUCUGGAAAAGGUAGAGAUAUUUGAAAAACAAAUUGCCGCCGGCGAAACCUAUCGGUUGCUAGAUGAGGACAGUGUCCGGGAAAAAAUUGAUAGUAUUUAUAGUCUUCAUUACUUCGGUGCAGAUCUGCAAAAAGUCAUGGAUGCGAAUCAGAGGGCUGACGAUCUGGUCUAUAGAGAGAAGUCAGUGAAUAUCUGGGCUGGCGAUCAUUGGGAAAAACAGAGAUCGGAUCUUGGCCUCCGUCGAAUUCUUCACAGCGUUCAACGGGCCUUAAGAGCAAAUCUCUGGAGCUCUUCCUAA